GUCUGCCUCGUUCUAGGACGAUAUGUGUCAACUGGAGUUGGUUUUCCGCUUUGAGUUCUCGUGAAUACGAACUAUUUGCUGAAGAUUCAUUCUGGCGUUGGAUCGAUGGCCACUGCUGCUCUGGCUCCAGUGGCUGCUCGUCCACCUUCCAGGUCAGAUCAACAACAUAAUGGAAAUAUCCCAGAACCUAAUCGACCUUUACGUUGGAGGGUGAUUGACGACCAACCACAUGUUGGAAAAUACAGGUUUAUACGAACUAUAGGCAAGGGAAAUUUUGCCAAAGUCAAAUUAGCGAGUCAUGUUAUUACGGGACAACAAGUCGCUAUCAAAAUUAUUGAUAAAACCCAGUUAAGUCCUUCAAGCCGCCAAAAGCUUUUCCGAGAAGUUAGACUGAUGAAAUUGCUGGACCAUCCGAACAUCGUAAAGCUAUUUGAAAUUAUUGACAACGAUAAGAUUUUAUAUUUGGUAAUGGAAUAUGCCAGUGGUGGUGAGGUUUUUGAUUAUUUGGUUGCUCAUGGUAGAAUGAAAGAGAAAGAAGCACGGGCUAAAUUCCGUCAAAUUGUUUCUGCUGUUCAGUACUGUCAUCAAAAACAUAUUAUUCACAGAGAUUUAAAAGCCGAAAAUCUCCUUCUUGAUGCCGAUAUGAACAUAAAACUGGCUGAUUUUGGCUUUUCUAAUGAAUUUAGUCCAGGCACGAAAUUGGAUACUUUUUGUGGAAGUCCUCCUUAUGCAGCCCCAGAAUUAUUUCAAGGUAAGAAAUAUGAUGGUCCCGAAGUUGAUGUGUGGUCGUUGGGUGUUAUUUUGUACACAUUAGUCAGUGGGUCCCUUCCUUUCGAUGGUCAGACACUGAGAGAAUUGCGUGAGCGUGUUCUACGUGGCAAGUAUCGCAUCCCGUUCUACAUGUCAACAGACUGCGAAAAUUUGUUGAAGAAGAUGCUGGUCCUUAAUCCAAGCAAACGAUACACUUUAGAGAUGGUGAUGAAAGAUCGUUGGAUGAAUACUGGUUAUGAAGAUAAUGUAUUGUCACCGUACAUAGAACCCGAACCAGAUUACACUGAUCCUGUACGUAUUGAGAUUAUGGUCAAUAUGGGCUUCAGUCGAGACGAAAUAGAGAAGUCUUUAACUCAAGGAAACUUUGAUGAUAUAAUGGCUACUUAUCUCCUCCUUGAUAGAAGACGUUCUUCACUUGAUACAAGUUCACGUGAUGGUUCAAGUCUUUCUUUAAGGCAAAGUACUCAUUUACUUUCGGCUACAUCAAAUCCUGCAGCUAGUCCACUAAUCUCAACUGGUGGUGUUAAUUGUGCGAGUGUGGAACAUACCUCAAAUAUUUGCCCAGACGAUACGUUGUCUGUUUUACCCACAAAUGCUGAUACUGGACCAAUAAAUCAAAACGCACAUUCAAGCUCGAAAUUUACGGUCAAUUCUUCAAGUACCACUCGUUCUACAAGUACAACACCACCUAGUACAGUAACGGUAGUCAAUAAUGGUGCCAAUAACAAGCCAGCUGUGAAUAUAAUCACCCCUUCAUCUUGCACUUCUGGGUCGGAUAGUUCAGGAACUACAGGUACCAAUACAAUAACUCCCAUUUCACAUGUCAAUUUGGCAUCUACAAAUACAUACUCAUCUUCAAGUGGAAACGCAAACGUUAAUUACAAUACAGCUCUUAAUGCAAUUGAGGCAUCUUGUCCUUCUAGUAAUGUUGAAUCAAUUAAGCUAAUGCGAAAUGACCUUGUUCGUGCUUCAGAUCGUCCUGGUAGAGAAGAAUCUAGCCGGAUUUUGGCGCGGUUACGAGGCUUUACUGAUGAAAUGGCCACUCCAGUUGUUGGUGGGGGUGGGCUUACGGCUUAUCCAAAUGUUCCAGGCCAACGAACAAGCAUUGAUGCAGGUACCAGCACAGUUCGUCCAACUACUGCUGGCCAAAGAAAACCCAUUCCUAUCACUUCACAAGGUUUGGGUGCAAACACAAAAUCAUCACCAAACUCCAACUCAGCUAUGGCACGCCGUACUCAUACUAUGAAUUAUGGGACAACAACCCCAACAUCUGGAGAUCAACAGCAUUCUGUUAGGCGUCAACCGAUCAAUACAAAUGCAAGUGGACGCAAUACAUGUGUAUUUGAUAAUACUAAUCCUAGGAACUCAGUCGCUCUUUCUGGUAUCACUGGUCUUUCUGGUGGAUCUGCUUUAUCACCUUCAUCUGAUAAAUCUACAUCUGGGUCAUCAAGCGGAAGUGGUAACAAUCAAGUUACAACCAAUGGUGCUGGAAGAUUACCAUCUCAUGAAAUUCGAAGCCAUGUUACUCCUGCACUUGUUCCUAUGACUACGCGUACUAAUAAGGUACAUCAUGGUGCAAAUAUAUCCAGUGGUACUGGUGGUGUAUAUCAUGCAGGUUUAUUAUUGGAAAGAUCUGCAACGUUGAAUACCGCAGGUCCUGGUACUGGUGGUAAUGGGACUUCACCAAAUCAAUGUGCUUCUUCCACACGUGGAAGUGAUGUAGUUGGAGCUGGAGAAUUACAUCGUAAUCAACCUUGUGCCAAUAUUGCCGGUCGAAGCGGAGUGGGUACGUCAACUAACCAGGCGGGUUGUAAUACUACCUCUGUUGCUGCACGUCGUGUAGUUACAAAUACCAAUAAUAACACGUCUUCUGGAUUUAACAAUGGUAUAGGAACUAUCUUAGAGACUACACCUUUCCCUAGGCUUACACCAGAGCGUAGAACUAUUCAUUCAACAAAUUCACCAAACAUAGACUUUGAUUUCGAUACAAAUAAUCAGAAUUCUAACAACACGGUCGCUGCUCGUUGUAUUAAUGUUUCACUUGCUGGUGCUGGGGCUACAAAUAGUAGUGGUAUGACUCACUUAACUCCUUCUGGCACUGGUCUUACAUUCUUCAAGGCACUUACUUCCAAAAUCGGUCGACGUGGACCUAAUAGUGGUGCAAUGGGCAAUGUGUCUCAGACACUUACUGGUGGCACUGAUGUUUCACAUGUUCCAUUCUCAACGGCGGAUUCUAAUAUUGGAGCUUCCACAACCAGCUCGGGAUCAGGUUAUCUACCUGGAGAUUCAGUUUUUUCUGACUCCAGUGUACAUGGUGCAUACACUGAACCUGUUAGUCAGUUAACACCUGGAGGUAGCUCUGCUGGUUCUCCUGUUCCUCAAGGCGGGAAUCAAACUGUUCCUCAUACUGAUGAUAAUGUUAAUGACCAAACGAAACCACGAAGUUUACGUUUUACUUGGUCUAUGAAAACAACCAGUAGCAUGUGCCCGGAUAACAUGAUUAAAGAAAUCAAGAAGGUUCUCACAGCAAAUAAUUGCGAAUAUGAUCAACGUGAAAGAUACCUUCUCAUAUGUGAGCAUGGAGAUCCAAGCACAGAUGCGAAUGUGCAGUGGGAGAUGGAAGUUUGUAAACUUCCUCGUUUGUCUCUAAAUGGAGUUCGUUUUAAAAGAAUUUCAGGAACUUCUAUUGGAUUUAAAAGUAUCGCCUCCCAGAUCGCUAACGACCUCAAACUUUAAUCAAUAACACUUUCGUUUGCAUACUGAUCUGUUUUAUAUCCCACUCCAAAUGAAUUUAUUUACUUUUCUGUAUACUUGAAGUGCCAGAUUACAACUAUGACUGUGAAAGAUCUUGGAUAAUAUCAACACAUGCUCAACGGUAUAGUUUUUACGCAGUACCUCUCGUUUUUUUUCAAAAUACUAUGCUGGGUCAUAAUAUCUUUGUUUCGAUACAGCCCAUAAUGACAUGUUUUUCGUGAUUGAAAGUGUGUUCUUUGUCUGUAUGCGUUUCACAUAUACGCAUUUGUACAGGCCUAAUAAUCACUUUACAUGUGUGUAAAUCUUUUCUGUCAGAUCCUUAACAUUGUCCAAUUUGUAUUGUAGUGGUUAUUUCCGACCAAAUUUUAUUGACACGUUUGUACUUUCCAAUUCUUUCUUUAUUAUUUCCUAUAUAUUCACUCCACUCAACAGCAUCAUUCGUUCUUAGACUUCUGAUAAUGUCCUCAGGAUUCCUUAUCUGAACUUUUCUGUUAACAUCUGUAAUGAAAUAUCUAAGCACACUUGCUUCUCAUUAAUGUGCGUGUAUGAGAAGCAUGUCAUCUAAGUAGAUUAUGACCAUCCCUGUUUCACUUAUAUGUAUUUUUGUAUUUCUAAUUGUCCCGGCUGUUUCAUUUUUGCUCGUUAAUUUUAUGUCUACCAAAUUGAGCUAUGGAAAUUUAUGUAAGUUAUUUCUUAGUCUUUAGUGUAGAACCUAUGUAUUCGUAUAGUAUUGUUUUUCAUCCCUUCAAAAUGAUCUCUUCUGUUAAUCUCACUACAUCUUUUCUUCUCAUUUAUCGUGCAGUCAUGUCACCUUAUUUGGAAAGUAGCAAUUUGUCGGUUUUAUUUUUUCAGUCUGUUAUCAUUCUUAUAAUACUGUUUUCUCCUAAGGGUCGUCUAUCUCUACACUUUCAAUACUUCAUAACAAAAUACAUAAUAUAAGCCUUUCCAAUUGAUGCUUUGUUCCUUUCUGCAAGUGGAUCUAAAAAUGCACAAUAACUAAAACUGUGUUACGUUUUUGCCUUUUACAAUGCAUGCGCCAUCGCCUGUGUACACCGUUAAUAAUUCCUAAGGAAGCCAUGUAAAACGACUGUGUAAGUCCCGUAUCAAAUGUUUCAUUUUUGUCUUCGGGAAUGAUAUCAAUGUAAUUACUAGAUAUUUACAUUCUGUUCUAAAUUGAUUUCUCUUCUUGGUUCUUUUGUGUAGUUUACCAUAUUCCUCACCAAUAAUCAGUCAUAUAUAUUCUGUGAAUAGAUUUAUUGCGUUCAAUUAGUAACAUCCAUAAUUAUUGUUAUUAUUAAUGAUGGUCUACUCCUAUUGUUUCUGAAUCUCGCUGUUAAUAGUAGUACUAAUAAUAAUACACAUGACUAAGUAACUAAACACAUUUCAAUCUAUUUGACCUCUAACAUAUACUCUUCCUUUCAAGUGCAUUUUCCCAAAUGUACAAACCCUAUACACACAAGAAUUUGUUUCAAUGUUUAUAUUUUGUUAACUUCCUUCAUCUUUUGUUCGCCUCGUUUUUUCUUUAUAUUAAUUAUUAUGUAUGUUUUCGAUUUGUGAUAGGGUGAUUCCAUUUAAUUCUUUGAAUACGUUCUGUUCUAGAUGUUUAUUCUAAUGCAGGUUUCACCUUUAUUUCGUUAUGCAAUGCAGUUUAAAAGAUAUUUUAACUUAAUGAAGUAUUGACAAUUAUUUUAAAUUUAUGCGGAAGUUACUUUGUGAUAUUGUUGCUGUUCUCUUUUACAAAAUUAUGAGUUAUCUUUUCUGCCAUGAAACCUAGCUCCAUAAUGUGGUGUGAUUUAUUUCAUACGUGGUUAUACACUUUUCUCACCUGCACUGUUUAUUAUCUCAUCUAUCUGUGUAUAUGAGUAACUUAUGGUAAAACCUUACUGCGCUAACACUGUUCUUAUGGCGGAUGAUAAUAAUAAUGGGUUUUUGCCGGUGACUUUUUGCGAAAAGGAUAAAAAGAAGCUUGCUUUCUUCAAUCUUCAUACUGCUAUGUAUCACCAUUUCUGUUUUGCUUUUCCUUAAUUAAAUGUACCCUCUACAACUUGUGUGCAAAAAUCAUUAUACCUUGGUAAAGAGAAAAAUCGGUUUAAUUUACUCAUGAUUAACAUUAUGAAAAACUUUUAUACGUAAUAGAUUAUCUCUUCUAUAUCAUGCAUACAUUUAAAUUGUUACGUCCAAAUGUUCGCUUAUUCACUAUCUUUCGUCUCUCUUAAAUCGUUUGUGUCCCUCAUUUAGUUCAAAGGAGUUGUUCCUCCAACUUCAUCUUGUAUACCUACUUUUAAGGGCUACAUUGACUUUACACACAUGCAAACAUAUAUAGAGCCAGUCAUUUGGAAUCCUUGAACCUAGAUUUUUCACCGUCCCAGAUAUUUAAAACCAGAUCAUCUAGUGAAUUAAACAUCGACAUUCCCACUCAGCCAAUAUCAGGUAUGAAUGACUCGUAAGACUGGAUUAACUGCACUAAUCGGUCAAUGAACGAUAGUGAACAAUGUUGUAAAUUCAAAUCCAAAGUCCCAUAUAGCCCAAAACUUAUAUCUAAUAAUUCCUACCAGUUACCUCCAGUUAUGUUAAUUCUCUAUUAUCCACAUGGUUAAUUGUUCACAACAAAGUGGCUAGUUGCAGUGAUUCAUUCAGAUGUAUUAAUUCAUCUGGUGCCAUUCAGUAACAAUCAAUGACAUCUAUUUUCUCUUGUUAUUAUCCAAAAUAAUUAAUAAGACGUUUCAAAUUCCUUCGUUAAUCAUGAUCAACUUUAUUAAUUAUAUUAAUUUUAUGUACACAUUAUUUCCAGUAUGUUGUAUUGAUUUCAACACUGUUUCAUUUUCAUUCUACAAUCGUAAUACAAUUUUGAUAACGUGAUCAAAGUAUUUAUUGAUGUCUCAGUUUUUUUUUCCUUUUUUAUUGAAUACAUGUAAACAAACGUUUUUAAUUAAAUAAACUUGAGUGACAUUUUCUUUUCAGUUUUAAAAAUACAUGACAUACAUGUACGUUACCUGUGGUUAGUGAGUUACAAAUUAUUCACUAUAAUGUGUUAAGUUCUUGAAAUAGUUCCUCUCAUUUUUUUAAAUAUUAAAGUAAUUAAAUGCAUCAUUUGAUAAAACAGUCACAAACGUAUUAUAAAUGGAGAUUUUACUUAUUAUGAUUUUUAUCGAUUAAUAAUAAGAAACCAAAUCGGUUUUCUGAUACACUAAUAAAUAGAAUAUUGAAAAUUAAUAAGUAUCACUGAGCAAAUAGAGUUUGUCAUUUAAUGCAUGCACAUACACACAUUAUACCUAUAUCUAGAUUUC